UCGGAGAUCAUAUCGAAUCAUUCAUCUCUCCAAUGGCCUCAUGGCUCUCUUGGUGCAUGAUCCCGAGAUUUACCCCGAUGGGUUCACGCCUCAAGAAGAAUCCGAAGGCGGAGCGGUUGGUGCUGACGUGAAGGAGGGAGAUGAGGACGGGGACCUCGAAGAAGAUGGCGAGGAUGACUUCGAUGAAGAGGAAUACGAGUCUGAAGAGGGAGAGGAGGACGGGGAAGAAGGAGAGGAAGAUGGGGAUGAGAGCGAACAGAAGAGGAAGAAAGGGACUGCUCCGACUAAAAAGGCUGCUGCAGCAAUGUGUGUAGGAGUGGGCAGCUUCUCUGAUCCUUCUAAGGCACAGGGACUUGCACAUUUUUUAGCAAGGUUUUAAAUCCCGUGGGAUGGAGGUGUCCUGGAAUCUCCAUAGAACAGGACGUCCCGCUGUCCCGUCCCGACAGCCGUCUCAAUCAUGCAUUCCGAUAGAUAUCCUCCAUCUAUCUCCCCUUCUUUUCUCCUUUCUUUCUUUUUUUCUUUCCUUUUUUUCUUUCUUUUUCUUCUACUUUCCUUUCUUUUCUUUUCAUCAUUCUUUUCUUUCUUUUUUUUCCUUUUUCUUCUUCUUUCUCUUUCCUUUCUUCCUUUUUUCUUUUUCUGCUCCCUUUCUUUAUUUCUUUUGUUUUUUCUUCUUCUUUUCUUUCACUUUUUUCUUUUUUUCGUUCUUUCUUUUCUCUUUCUUCUUUUUCUGCAUGGAUGAGUUUUGGAGUCUCAACCCUGUUUCGGUCCUGUUUUCUUAUAGGAAUGGGUCGGGAUGGCUGGGACGCCCCCCGUCCCGCCAAGACGUAAAACCUUGAUAUGCAAUGCCAUCUACUGCAUGCAAAUACGUUAAAGGAGGGGAAAAGUGCAUGAUCUUCCAUGAAACCUACAAAGCACAUGCUUUUUAUGGGGAGUUCUCGAUUUCCCGAUGAAAAUGAGUAUGAUAGUUACUUGUCCAAGCAUGGUGGUUCAUCAAAUGCUUACACUGAAACUGAGUACACCUGCUAUCACUUUGAAGUCAAUCGGGAGCACCUGAUGGGAGCCUUAAAAAGAUUUUCUCAAUUCUUUAUAUCACCAUUAGUUAAGGCUGAAGCCAUGGAACGUGAGGUCUUAGCUGUUGAUUCAGAAUUUAAUCAAGUAUUGCAAAGUGAUAGCUGUCGUCUAUUUCAACUUCAUUGUCAUACAUCUAUUCCUGGCCAUCCUUUUAACAGAUUCACUUGGGGAAAUAAAAAAAGCUUGAUUGAUGCUAUGGAAAAUGGUAUCAAUUUGAGAGAAGAGAUCUUGCAGAUGUACAGAGAUAAUUAUCAUGGGGGAAUGAUGAAGCUAGUUGUGAUUGGGGGAGAGCCCCUCGACAUCCUAGAAGGUUGGGUAGUGGAGCUCUUUAGUGAUGUCAAAACAGGGCCUCCCUUAAAGAUGAGCACCAGGAUUGAUAUUCCGAUCUGGAAAGUGGGUAAAAUUUACAGGUUAGAGGCAGUUAAAGAUGUUCAUAUUUUGGAAUUGACAUGGAAAUUGCCUUGUCUUCAUAAAGAAUAUCUGAAGAAACCAGAAGAUUACUUGGCACAUCUCUUGGGCCAUGAGGGUAGAGGAAGCUUGCUUUAUUUCUUCAAAGCUAAAGGAUGGGCAACUUCAUUAUCUGCUGGUGUCGGUGACGAAGGGAUGCGCCGUUCUUCAAUCGCUUACAUUUUUGUCAUGUCUAUCCACCUUACUGAUUCAGGAUUAGAAAUGCUUUAUGAGGUUAUUGGGUUUGUAUAUCAAUACAUUAAGUUAUUGCGUCAAUCUACUCCACAAGAAUGGAUAUUUAAAGAACUCCAAGAUAUCGGAAAUAUGGAGUUCAGAUUUGCUGAGGAGCAACCUCAGGAUGAUUAUGCAGCAGAACUUGCAGAGAAUUUGCUGCUGUAUUCAGAAGAGCACAUAAUUUUUGGAGAAUAUGUUUUUGAACUGUGGGAUCCAGAAUUGGUAGAACAUGUUUUGAGCUUUUUCACCCCAGAAAACAUGAGGAUUGACAUACUGAGUAAAUCUUUUGAUAAGCAUUCAGAAGCCAUUCAGUACGAACCAUGGUUUGGGUCCCGGUACAUUGAAGAGGACAUUUCACCAUCACUGCUCAAACUUUGGAGCGAUCCUCCUGAAAUACAUCAACAUCUUCAUUUGCCUUUGAAGAAUGAGUUCAUUCCUCGUGUCUUUUCUCUUUGCAAUUCUAACAUAUCAAAAUGUCUAUUAGAUACUAACCAUCCAAAAUGUAUCAUGAACCAACCAUUGAUGAAGGUUUGGUACAAGAUUGACUUGACAUUUAAUGUUCCUCGAGCAAACACAUACUUCUUGAUCACUGUGAAGGAUGGAUACAAUAGUGUGAAGAAUUGUGUUUUGACAGAGCUGUUUGUAAAUCUUCUUAAAGAUGAGUUGAAUGAGAUUUUGUAUCAGGCUGGUGUUGCCAAGCUGGAGACAUCAUUAUCUAUUGUUGGUAACAAGCUAGAGUUAAAGCUUUAUGGUUUCAAUGACAAAUUAUCUCUUUUAUUGUCAAAAAUAUUGACAUUAUCCAGAUCCUUCUUUCCAAACGUCGAGCGAUUUAAGGUUAUCAAAGAAGAUAUGGAGAGAGCAUUCAGAAACUGCAAUAUGAAACCUUUGAGUCAUUCUUCCUACUUGAGGUUACAAGUAUUGCGUGAAAAAUUCUGGGAUGUGGAUGACAAGCUAUCCUGUUUUGUCAACUUAUCUCUUUCUGAUUUAGAGGCCUUUAUUCCAAAUCUUCUAUCUCAGUUGCAUAUAGAGGGCCUCUGCCAUGGGAAUCUAUUAGAGGAGGAGGCAAUCAACAUAUCAAAUAUCUUUACAAAUAUAUUUUCUGUAGAACCCCUAGCAGCUGAGUUUAGGCAUCAAGAACGUGUUCUGUGCCUUCCGUCCGGUGCAAGCCUUAUUAGAAGUGUACGUGUGAAGAAUGAUCUUGAAGUGAAUUCUGUGGUUGAGCUAUAUUUUCAAAUCGAGCAAGAUGUGGGUAUGGAAGCAAACAAACUGAGAGCCAUUACAGAUCUUUUCAGCGAUAUUGUUGAAGAACCAUGUUUUGAUCAGCUAAGGACAAAGGAGCAGCUUGGAUAUGUUGUUCAAUGUGGUCCACGGAUGACAUACCGUGUUUUAGGAUUUUGCUUUCUCGUUCAAUCGUCUGAAUAUAGCCCAAUAUAUUUGCACGACAGAAUAGACAACUUCAUUAGUGGUCUCCAGGAGUUACUGGAUAAGCUUGAUGAUGAAUCUUUUGAGAAUCAUAGAAAUGGGUUGAUAGCAGAGAAACUGGAAAAAUUCCCAUCACUUGCUUAUGAAACUGGUGAUCAUUGGAGUCAAAUAGUAGCGAAAAGGUAUUUGUUUGACAUGUUGAAAGUUGAAGCAGAGGAACUGAAAACAAUUCAAAAGAGCGAUGUCAUCAACUGGUACAAGACAUACUUGAGGCCACCAUCACCCAAAUGUCGACAACUUGCUGUUCAUGUUUGGGGCUGCAAUACCAAUUUCAAUGAGGAACUCAAAUUGCAAGAAAAGUUUGGACAAGUUAUUGAAGAUGUUGAUUCCUUUAAGAUGUCGUCGGAGUUCUACCCAAGCCUCUGUUGAAUAAAUACCAUUAACCUGGCGAUCAUAUUGAGCCCUUCAAAAUUGUGUGAGGGUUUAUCUGGUAAUUCUUGUGGCAGUCAUGCUGCUUCCCAAGCCAAGAAAAUGGGGAGCUUUUGAUCCUUGAUCAAAAUAUAUGUGAACUAUUAUUUAUUUCACUAACAAAAUAAAAAAAGAUUGGGUUGUUCUUCUAUCUAUUAAUCUGUAUCAUGUGUACAUGCUACACGAUACGUUUAAAAGUUCUGAAUGUUAUUCUUUCGUCUGAUUA